AUGCUUUUACUGAGGCUGCUGUUCUUGGUUCUACUAAUGGGGGAGGGAGAUUCUGUGUGUCGGCUGCAGGGCUUUUCACAACCGCCUGAGCUCUGGCAGGAUGGUGAUCUGGUUAUCGGAGGCAUUUUUUCAUUUCGCACAGGGCAGGAUUAUGUAAUCAACACAUUUCAGGCAGUUCCAGAAUUACGAAAAUGCAAAAACUUUAACUUUAGAGAAUUCAAAUUUGCUCAAGCAAUGAUCUUUGCUAUAAAUGAAAUCAACAACAACCCGGAAAUGCUGCCUAAUGUUAAACUUGGCUACAAAAUUUAUGGUAACUGUGGAACCAUGGACAUCCUGAGAGCUGCACUGGCGCUGGUGAGCGGACUGAAGGGAGAAGUCAGCGAUGAGAACUGCACCAAACCAGACACAGUGCAAGCUAUCCUGGGACAUUCGGGAUCAAGGCCGACUAUUGCGUUUGCCCGAGUUGUUGGAAGGUUUCAAAUACCUGUGAUCAGCCAUUUUGCCACCUGUGCCUGUCUGAGCAACAGAAAAGAGUACCCCACUUUUUUCAGAACUAUCCCCAGUGACUACUACCAAAGCCGAGCCCUGGCUAAGCUGGUCAGGCACUUUGGUUGGACCUGGGUUGGGGCUUUAGCUGUGAGUAAUGAGUAUGGCUUCAACGGCAUAGCAGCAUUUAUCCAAGCGGCACAAGAAUAUGGAGUGUGCGUUGAGUAUUCUGAGGCGUUUUCAUCCUCAGAUCCACCUGAAGCUCUGCAGAGAAUAACACAGAUCAUUAAGCACUCCACUUCCAAGGUGAUAGUCGCUUUUAUGUCUCACAGAGAAAUUAAGCUGCUGGCUGCUGCGCUGCACAAACAGAACGUUACAGGGCUGCAGUGGAUCGGCAGUGACGCCUGGAUCACAGAUCACUCGCUGACUGACAGCGAGGGACACGGCAUCCUGGUGGGCUCGCUGGGCUUCACCGUCGCCAGAGCCGAGAUCCCCGGCCUGGGGGAGUAUCUGAGGCAGCUCCACCCCUCACAGUUUCCAGAGAGUCUGUUUGUCAGAGAAUUCUGGGAAGAUGUGUUCGACUGCUCUCUGAAUCAAACUACAAACGCGCAGAAACAGCCGUGUAGCGGCCUUGAGAGCCUGCAAAACGUCGAAUCAAAGUUCACUGAUGUGUCCGAGCUCAGGUUCACUCACAACGUCUACAAGUCAGUUUACGCGGUGGCUCACGCCCUCGACAACCUGAGCAAAUGUGAUGAAGGUAGAGGGCCCUUUUCUAACGGGAGCUGCGCUGAUAUCAAACACAUCCAACCGUGGCAGGUCUUGCAGUAUCUUAACACUGUGAAUUUCACAACUGGGGAAGGGGAGAGAGUUUAUUUUGACAAAAAUGGAGACUCACCGGCAAGAUAUGAACUUGUUAAUUUACAAAUUACAAACAGAGGAACCAUGGAAGGAAAAACAGUCGGCAUUUAUGACGCCUCGCUUCCAGACAGUCACCAGUUUAUCAUGAACAGCAUCCCUGUUGUCUGGGGUAAUGGGCUGGCUAAGGUGCCUGUGUCAGUCUGCAGUGAGAAGUGUCUCCCAGGAACUCACAAGGUCCUCCAGAAAGGAAAGCCAGUCUGCUGCUAUGAUUGCAUACCUUGCCCUGCAGGCGAGAUCAGUAAUGUAACAGAUUCAAUCCUCUGUCUGAAAUGCCCACCAGAGUUCUGGUCCAACCAACAAAGAGAUGCCUGCAUCCCCAAAGCGAUAGAAUUCCUGGCAUAUGAUGAAAUCCUGGGAACAUUGCUGGCGUUAUUUUCAUUGCUGGGAGUUUUUCUAACUCUGAUCACAACGCUGGUAUUCUACUGCCACAGAGAAACCCCUCUAGUACGAGCCAACAACUCUGAGCUGAGCUUCCUGCUGCUCUUUUCUUUAACUCUGUGCUUCCUGUGCUCUCUGACCUUCAUCGGCCGGCCCACCGAGUGGUCCUGCAUGCUGAGGCACACAGCGUUCGGCAUCACUUUUGCCCUUUGCAUCUCUUGUGUACUGGGGAAAACAAUCGUGGUGUUGAUGGCCUUUAAAGCGACACUUCCAGGCAGUAACGUGAUGAAAUGGUUCGGGCCGACGCAGCAGAGACUCAGCGUUCUGGCCUUCUCUCUUGUACAGGUUUUGAUUUGCAUACUGUGGCUGACAAUCACACCUCCCUUUCCUCUCAUGAACAUGCUGCUGUUUAAGGCCAGAAUUAUUUUAGAGUGUGAUUUUGGCACAGCAAUAGGUUACUGCGCUGUGCUGGGGUACAUAGGACUUCUGGCUGUGUUAUGCUUCGUGCUCGCUUUUUUGGCGCGAAAGUUACCCGAUAACUUCAAUGAAGCUAAGUUCAUCACCUUCAGCAUGUUGAUAUUCUGUGCGGUGUGGAUUGCGUUUAUCCCAGCGUAUGUCAGCUCUCCUGGAAAGUUCACUGUUGCUGUGGAGAUAUUUGCUAUUCUGGCCUCCAGCUACGGACUACUUUUCUGUAUUUUUCUUCCAAAAUGUUUUAUAAUUUUGUUUAGGCCAGAGCAGAAUACUAAGAAACAUAUAAUGGGAAAAACAUCAAAUAGUGAUGUACGUUAUUAG